AUUAAUUAGUGCGCCAAGUAUACGGCGGUGUCGCAGAUGUGCUGCGAUAACGUCGUUACAAGGAACCUCUCUUUUUCUCUUUUUCUGUCUGAACGCGACGUUUGCUGUAAGAACGCUCGAUCGCUAUGACUAAUUCGAAGGGUUAUCGUCGUGGUACACGAGACUUAUUUUCUCGUAAGUUCAGGAAUCAUGGAACAAUUCCUCUCUCUACGUACAUGAAAGUGUAUAAAGUUGGAGACAUCGUGGACAUUAAAGGUAAUGGAGCUGUGCAGAAAGGUAUGCCAUACAAAGUGUACCAUGGUAAGACCGGACGUGUCUUUAAUGUCACACCCCAUGCACUUGGAGUAAUCGUUAACAAACGUGUACGUGGAAGGAUCAUUGCUAAGAGGAUAAAUGUACGGAUCGAGCACUUGACCCAUUCCAAGUGUCGUGAAGAUUUCCUCAAGAGGGUCAAGCAGAAUGAGAAGCUGAGGAAGGAAGCCAAGGAGAAGAAAAUUUCUGUCCAGUUGAAGAGACAACCAAAACAACCUUCAAAGGCGCAUAUAGUCUCUGGUCGCGAUGCACCUAUCCUCCUGGCUCCAGUCCCAUACGAGUUCAUUGCUUAAUUCAUUUCAAAUUUCCUUUAAAAAGAAUAAAAGGAUUUUUCCCAUGUGGAAUUGGAA